GGCGUGCUCCUGGGUUCCAUAGAACAGUGGCGCGUUUGGUUGUGGAUUCCCCCCGCAGUAGAAGGGGAUGGUGUGAGCCGGGAGGGGAGGAUUCCAGGGCUGCAGACAGUGAAGAGGGAUUAGCAGGGCAGAAUGAGUGACGGCAAUCAGAACCCGGCCGCCGUUCCCACCCUAUUGCCGGACGUGCAGGGGGAUGGACGCUGGAUGUCUGUGCACAAUCACUUUGUGUCCAGCAGCAAGGACAAGGAGCCGGAAGUUGUGUUCAUAGGAGACUCAAUGGUCCAGCUGCUCCAUCAGUUUGAGAUCUGGCGAGAGCUCUUCUCCCCUCUGCACGCCCUGAACUUUGGAGGGUUGGGUGAGGGCACCCAGCACGUGUUAUGGAGAAUGGAGAACGGGGAACUGAAACACAUCAAACCAAAGAUUAUCGUGCUUUGGGUGGGCACAUUCAACCAGGGACACACCGCGGAGCAAGUUUCGGGGGGCAUCCAGGCCAUCGUUCGAUGCAUGCAGGAGAGGCAGCCUCAAGCUAAGGUUGUGGUGCUGGGUUUGCUGCCACGAGGGAAGAACCGGAACGCCUUGAGGGACAGGAACAAGCAGGUGAAUGAGCUGCUGACUGAGGCCAUGCCCUCGAUGCCCAACGCCAUAUUCCUGGACGUGGAUCCCGGCUUUGUGCAUUCCGAUGGUACCAUCAGUCACAACGACAUGUAUGAUUACCUUCACUUGAGCCGCCAGGGAUAUGCUCGCAUCUGCCAGCCUCUGCAAAAAGCACUGCUGCAGCUGUUAGAGGGCAGAGGGGUGCCAACCCGAGACUAGCGAUCAGGGGCCAAAUGGUUAUCUAGAAUUGGGAAUAACCUGGAAUACCAGAGGAGGGCGAGACAGGUUCUCUUAAAGGCUUCCCUCUUAUACUUCUCCAAAGAUAAGGUUGAAGGGAAUAUGGAAGCAAUCCUGCCUGGGUAAGAGCAGUGCAAUAACGUUCUCAUUCCACCAGGGGGUGCUGUCUUCCCAAGUUAACACUUAAUACCCACUGCCUGCGGGGAGGACAGGAAACUCUCCUUCCCACCCCGGAAACACUUCCCCAUCCCUAACCAGCUACAGCUUUAUUUCCAGCCUAGUUUUCUUUUUUUUUCUUUUGCAAAAGGUGUAAGCCAUUUUGUUGAAACAGGUGCAAGCUUUCCCUUGACGGAGCACACCUCCUCCAAACUGUUUCAUCCAU